UUCCACACUCAGACCACAAUGGCAGCCAAUGCAGAAUGCGUAUGGGGUACACCUUGGGGAGGAAAGGGUGGAUCACGUACCUGGGAAUUCAUAAUACCUGAUGGCACAAGACUUACCAAGAUUGAUUUAAGCAGUGGAGACGCUUUAGAUUUCAUCCGCUUCACUUACAAGGAUGGGUAUGGCCAUACCCAUACUUCUGAAAAAUUCGGUGGUGAUGGUGGGAUACCUCAUAUGAUCAUCUUCGACGACAAUGAGUACCUCAUUGGGAUUAGUGGACGUGUCGGAUCAUUUGGUGACAACACCGUGAUUACGUCAGUGACUUUCAAGACCAACAUCGGAACUUAUGGUCAAUACGGCACAAACCCCGGGACUGAUUUCUCGUUUGGGGUCACACACGGUAAGUUUUCGGGAUUCUAUGGGAAGUGUGGCAGCGCCAUAGACUCUUUGGGUGUCAUUCUUCAGGCGUGACAUGAUAUAUGACAGCAUGCAUGCAUGUUGUGUUUGAUGGAAACAAAUGUUAGAUGGUCGUACGUUAUUUUGGUUUCUAUAUGUGGUAAUCCUAUGUAUUUUAUAUGUUUUAAGAUCGUAUCUAGUUUCUUCAGAUGUGAAACUAAUAAAAUAAGGUAGCAUACCAAGUGGAGUACAAUAAGCACCCUUGUGGUGCAUGUGCAUUACGUUUCUCAUGUACCCCUUAAGCUUCUAAAUGGAU